GUCAAGCUGUCAGCUGAAGUAGAACCGUUUAUUCCUCAGAAGAAGGGUCCAGAAACACUAAUGAUCCCAAUGGCGCUUCCUAAUGACAGCGGAGGAAUUAAUGGCAUGGAACCAACUCCUAUCCCUAGCUACCUGAUCACUUGCUAUCCGUUUGUACAGGAAAAUCAAUCCAAUAGACAGUUUCCACUAUACAACAAUGACAUCAGAUGGCAGCAACCCAACCCAAAUCCUGCAGGACCAUACCUUGCUUAUCCUAUAAUAUCUGCACAGCCACCUGUUUCUACAGAAUAUACGUAUUAUCAGCUGAUGCCAGCACCGUGUGCUCAGGUCAUGGGUUUCUAUCAUCCUUUUUUUUUUUAUUCUGCACCCUUCCAAACAGCAAAUGCUGUAAAUACAGUUACUGCAGAGUGCACUGAGCGUCCCAACCCAUCGGGCCAGGUCUUUCCAUUGUCCAGUCAGCGGAGCAGAAGCAGUAACAGGGGACCGGUCAUACAAAAACAACAGCAGUUACAGAUGCACAUAAAAAAUAAACGUCCUCCAGUGAAAAAUGUCGCCACGCAAAAGGAGACUAGCUCAUCAGGUCCUGAGAACAGAUCAAAGAUUGUUUUGUUGGUUGAUGCAUCACAGCAAACAGACUUUCCUUCAGAUAUAGCUAAUAAAUCGCUUUCUGAGAGCGCCUCUACAGUGCUUUGGAAAUCAAAAGGCAGGCGCAGAAGAGCUUCUCACCCUGCUGCAGAGUCCUCUAGUGAACAAGGUGCAAGUGAAGCAGACAUUGACAGUGACAGUGGCUAUUGCAGUCCUAAGCAUGGCAAUAACCAGGCUGCAGCCAUGACUUCAAGAAAUACAGAUUCUUGUGCAAUGAAUGUUGUAGAACCAUCAGUAAAUACAAAUGACACUUCUCUUUCAGGUGGUAUAAGUUGGACUACUGUAAAUUCCCAGGCAACUCAAAAAAAACCUUGGAUUGAAAAAACUCAGACAUUUUCUAGAGGUGGAAGACAAGCUGAGCAAAGAAAUAGUUCACAGUCUAGUUUCAGAUGCAGAGACCACAGCACAUCUUCAGAAAGAAGGCAGAAUUUGCAGAAACGACAUGAGAAACCUCUAACUGCAAGCCAGUCAAGUAGAUCAGAGCAGAGUCCUGAACCUCUGUAUUUUGAGGAUGAAGAUGAAUUUCCAGAGCUAAAUAGUGACAAUGGCAGCAGCAAAAGUAGCAACAUCCAGCAAAAGAUUUCACCCAAAGUAUUGGAUGACUUGCCAGAGAAUUCUCCAAUCAAUAUAGUCCAAACUCCUAUUCCCAUUACAACCUCUGUACCAAAGCGUGCAAAAAGUCAGAAGAAGAAGGCCUUGGCAGCAGCACUUGCAACAGCUCAAGAGUAUUCGGAGAUAAGCAUGGAACAGAAAAAACUGCAAGAGGCUUUAUCAAAAGCAGCUGGAAAGAAGAGCAAGACCCCUGUUCAGUUGGAUUUGGGUGACAUGUUAGCAGCUCUUGAAAAGCAACAGCAAGCAAUGAAGGCUCGUCAGAUCACCAACACCAGGCCCCUCUCAUACACAGUUGGGAGUGCUGCUCCUUUUCAUACCAAAGAAUCCACCAGCAGAAAGUCCUUAACAAAGGGACAGCCAUCUAUGGGUUGCCUUAAUCCUUUGGACUCAACUGCCCCAAAAGUGAAGAGAGGAAAAGAAAGAGAGAUUGCAAAACUGAAACGCCCUACAGCACUUAAAAAGAUUAUUCUGAAAGAGAGAGAAGAGAAGAAAGGCCGUUUAUCAGCUGAUCAUAGCCUUUUGGGAUCUGACGAACAGAAAGAAGUUCAUAUAAACUUGACUGCUGAUCAGUCUCAGGAGCUGACCUCUCAAGAAGAAACUGGACUAAGUAUGCCUAGCGAUACUUCACUUUCGCCAGCAAGUCAGAAUUCUCCCUACUGCAUGACCCCGGUGUCACAAGGUUCACCUGCUAGUUCUGGAAUAGGCAGUCCAAUGGCAUCUUCUGCAAUAACCAAAAUUCACAGCAAGAGAUUCAGAGAAUACUGUAACCAAGUUCUAAGUAAAGAAAUAGAUGAGUGUGUGACUCUCUUACUGCAAGAGCUCGUCAGCUUCCAGGAACGGGUUUAUCAAAAGGAUCCCAUGAGAGCUAAAGCAAAGAGAAGACUUGUUAUGGGGUUGCGUGAGGUUACUAAGCAUAUGAAACUAAACAAGAUCAAGUGUGUAAUCAUAUCUCCCAACUGUGAAAAAAUCCAGUCAAAAGGUGGAUUAGAUGAGGCUCUAUAUAAUGUAAUAGCCAUGGCACGGGAACAAGAAAUUCCUUUUGUCUUUGCUCUUGGACGUAAAGCUCUUGGCCGUUGCGUGAACAAGCUGGUUCCUGUUAGUGUAGUGGGUAUCUUCAACUACUCAGGUGCUGAGGACCUUUUUAAUAAGCUGGUAUCACUGACUGAAGAGGCCAGAAAAGCCUACAGAGACAUGGUUGCUGCAAUGGAGCAGGAACAGGCAGAAGAAGCCUUGAAGAAUGUCAAGAAGGCACCCCAUCAUAUGGGUCAUUCUCGUAACCCCUCUGCAGCAAGCGCUAUCUCAUUCUGUAGUGUUAUUUCUGAACCUAUAUCUGAAGUGAAUGAGAAAGAAUAUGAAACAAACUGGAGAAAUAUGGUGGAAACAUCUGAUGGGUUAGAAACCUCUGAAAAUGAGAGAGAAUCUUCAUGUAAGACUGCGGUAUCAGAGAAGGCUGGUAAUGGUCAACUUGAAAAAGCCACUCUUAAUAAACAGCCACCUCUGGCUACAACUGGCACUACCUCAGCAACAAAUCAUGGAAAAUCCACACCAGGUGACAAAGAUGAGGCGAAACCAGAUGACAAUCUGGAAUGGGCCUCACAGCAGAGUACAGAAACAGGAUCACUGGAUGGCAGCUGCCGAGAUCUUUUGAAUUCCUCCAUGACCAGUACCACCAGUACUCUUGUACCAGGAAUGCUAGAAGAAGAGGAGGAGGAGGAGGAAGAUGAUGAUGAGGAUUAUGUCCAUGAACCAAUUUCUGUAGAAGUUCAGCUUAAUAGCAGAAUUGAAUCUUGGGUUUCAGAGACCCAGAGAACUAUGGAGACUCUUCAGCUUGGGAAGACCCUUAGUGGUGCUGAAGAAGACAAUGCAGAACAAAGUGAAGAGGAAGAAACAGAGACUUCUGAGCAGGCUGAUCCAGUCACUGAUGGUGAGGAAUGGACAAAUGAUAAGCACGCAAGUAACACUCAACAUAAACCCACCAUCUGCAGUUCUUUGAAUAAAGAACACACAGAUUCCAUUUAUAUGCCGUAAAAAUAAGCAGGAACUCAGGAACUUUUUAGAAA